AUGGAAAGGAACGACAACUGCCUGAAUGACUAUUUGGAAGUUCACGACGGCCACUUAGAGAACUCGACGCUGCUAGGAACGUUCUGCGGUUACGAUCUUCCCCUAGAGAUGAGGUCUACUGGAAACCAGAUGUCGAUAAAGUUUGUUUCAAACUCAUUGAUCCAAAGGAGCGGCUUUUCCGCCAGCUUCACGAAAGAUAUUAACGAGUGCGAAUCAACCAAUAACUGCGAGCAGGAAUGCAUCAACACCAUCGGCAGCUACUACUGCGCCUGCAAUGUAGGCUACGAGCUGCACUCUGACGGCAAGCGCUGCAUCGGCGCCUGCGGAGGCCUGUACGCCUCAGCCAACGGAACAAUUACCAGCCCUGGUUUUCCAAACCUUUACCCCAACUCACAGUACUGUUUGUGGGAAAUCCACGCACCAGCGCAAAAUAAAAUUACCCUCAGAUUUACGUUUUUUCAACUGGAGGGAAACCACCUCGACAAAGUCGAGGUGCAGAGUGUUCACCCAUGCAACGUGACUAGCACCCACGGCGUUUACAGUGGCACGUCCGUACCUCGGUUGAUCAUUUCCAAGACAAACAAAAUGCGCAUUAAAUUCUCAACGAAUCGCUCCGUGCAGAGGAAAGGUUUUGCGGCUAGUUUUUUCACAGACAUUGAUGAGUGCUUGAAGCAAAAUGGUGGGUGUCAGCAGGAAUGUAAAAAUACGGUUGGCUCGUAUGAGUGCAGGUGCAAGAACGGCUUCACGCUGGAUGAUGACAUGCGUACCUGCAACGAGCAGGGUGACUGCAAACACUUGAUCGACACUCCCAACGGCACCAUCCACAGCCCAAACUACCCUGAGUACUUGCCUUACAAUCGCAAAAAGAGGGAAUGCGUUUGGAAGUUUUCCACAAAGUCUGGACAUAGAAUUAAAUUGAACUUCAAAAAAAUCGAGAUUAAUUGCACCUACAGCAACAUCAUCAUCUACGACGGCCCUGGCGAGGUCUCGACCUCCCUUGGCAGUUUCUGCGGCUCCAAUCUACCGCCCCACAUAAUAGCCAGUGCAAAUGAUCUCUACAUGGUGUUGAGGUCGAACGCCUCAGUCCAGACUGGAGGGUUUUGGGCCGAGCACUCCACUAUUUGUGGGGGAAAUUUUACGGCGUCGAACCAAGUGCAUUACCUGUACUCGCACGACAGUUACGGUGACCAGGACUACAAAAACAUGGUAAACUGUGAGUGGAACAUUGUUGCCCCCGUCGGAGACGUGGUCCUUCUCAAGUUCAUCACCUUCCGACUGGAAAAGAGCCACGAUUGGGUGCAGGUCUUUGACGGCAAGAUCAGGCAACCUCUCACCGAAAAAUUCAACGGAACUCAUAAACCUCCCAAAACAUACUCAAGAGGCGAGGAGCUGUUGCUGUGCUUCAGGACUGACGGCUCGGACGUAUUCAAUGGUUUCUCCGCCUCGUACCAAGCCGUCCACAAGAGUUUCUUCUAUUGAUUGCGCAUCCAUUUGACUAACAAAAUUAAAUGGCCACAAACAGAUAUCUUCAUUAAAUAAGUGAGAGCUGGUCCUGAAAUCAGAUCGAUAGUUUUUAUCAUCUUUACACAGAAAUAAAUCCAAAAGCAUGAAAUUAAAAUUUACUGAAUCAGUUUUUAGGAAAAGUAAAAUACCGCUUAGCUACAAUGCACAGCGGCUAUUUUGGCUUUGCAGGCCUCAUCUGCGGUACUUUACCUCCAAAACGACAAUUUUAAUUUUUAAUUUUCUCUGAAUAAAUUUCAUAUUAUUGAACCACU